AACGCAAACAGUGGCGGGAGUAGAGUGUAGAGCAAGCGGUGUAGAGCAGUUGUAGAGCAGUUGUUAUCGUCGUCGUGGCUAUACAUCUAUACAUCCAUACGUCCAAGCAAAUUUUCUUCCUCGACCGCAACAACCCCUUGGGUUCUUCGUUGUGAGAUUUUUUUUUAACAGCAUGUCAGAUUGGGACACCGCGCCUAUCACUUUACGCAAACGUGCCCCGAAGUCAUCCACGUUGAAAACGGAGAAGGCGGUGAACGACGCACGGCGACAAGGUUUCACCGUGGAGACACAAGCGAAAUGGGGUGGUGGUGCAAACAGACAGCACGUAACCACAAAAAACACAGCCAAAUUAGAUCGUGAAACGGAAGAAUUGAAACACGACCAAAUUCCACUUGAGCUCGGCAAACUUAUCCAGCAAGGACGACAGAACAAAGGAUUAUCACAAAAAGACCUGGCAACGAAAGUAAACGAAAAGGCACAAGUCAUUAAUGACUACGAAGCCGGACGUGGAAUACCGAAUCAGAUGGUAAUCGGCAAGAUCGAGCGAGUACUUGGAAUUAAAUUGCGCGGUAAAGAUCGUGGCAAACCCUUAGCGGCCCCCGGGACGAAGAAGUGAAUCUCGGGGGGAAGCAACAUCUAUCUUUCGAUCCUUAUAUACUGUUCCCACGAAGGAAGAAGUAUGAGAAAGACGGUAGAAUGGAAUGCAACAAAAAAAAAA